AUGCAGAAUCUUCUGAUUCGGCUUCAAGGAAUGAAUCUCUAUCCAUCAGUGGCUCCGAUUCGGUUUUUCUCCGCCCCGGGUGCUGAAGAAGAGGAAGCGGUUCCAGAAGAUAUGGAGACGGAAGAACUAUUUCAAGCGCUGGCCACAAAGAAGAUGCCUGGACCGCGUUGUCGUUGGCAAAGAAGUCGUUGGCAGAGGUUUUGUCCAGUCGCAUUGUAUCAAGGCAUUCUGGCCUACGGAAGGCCAGAAUUGACAGUGGGAUUUUUAGGUCACAUCUUUUGUCUGUCCAAACCGGAAUAUCUGACCGACUUUGUGCGCAAUCCGAGACCGUAUUUGCUCCCACCGCAACCACGACCACCGUUCCGUGUGGUCAUCGUCGGUCCAACAUCUAGUGGCAAGAGCACGAUCGUGCGACUUUUGGCCGAACAAUAUAGGGCACGCGUCAUAGAUCUGGUCGGUAUGCUACAAGAAGAGCAUGACGCUGUAUUGACCAAAAGACUGGCCGAUGUGGAAGCAGAAACCGAGGUAGCCGUGAUUGCCGAGGUGAAGGAACGUCAUGAACAGGAAAUGUUAACACUACGUGAAAAUAAACUGACACAAAAUGCCACAGACAAUAUUUCCGGUGUAAUUGCUCAGGAGCUGGAACAAGAAGCAAUGGACACCGUUGCACAGGAACUGACCGAUGACACUCAAGAAUCAAAUCUGCUUAUUCCCGUCGACAAAAAUCAUCCGGAAGUUAAAACUCGCGUACGUGAAGCACUGAAUAAAGCGAAACAACUGCCCGUUGAAUUAGAUGUAAACAUCUAUGUGGAUGCAUUGCGAGCUGCGGUCGAGGAAGCGGAGGAGCAAUUACUCAUGGCAAUCCGUAGCCAGAUAGGCAUCAUGAGAUGUUCCGCUACAUGUCCAUUGCAAGAUCACUUUCUCCAUGCCGGUCUUGAUGGCGUUGGAUCACGUUUGCGUUUUUUCACCCGAGUAGCAGUACCAGCCCGUGGAGACAGUGUCGGGUAA